AAAAAUUGUGGUUUUCUAAAUAAUGUGGCUUGAAAAAUAGGUGUAACAGGACUUGGUCAGAAACGCAGAGGCUGUUCAAGUUUAGCUCCCCACCAGAUGGAAAAUAGGUUAAAUUCUGUAAAGAUUUAACUUUAACCACAAGAGGGCACAAUUGGAGAGCACAAUUUUUUGGUACUGCAGUAAAAUUGAUUACCUCUUGAGAAGUGUUCUUUUUAACCAGCUAUGACAAUAGAGUUGAGUAUUUUCACCCAUGGUUUGAAAAAGUGCCAGAAGGCCACACUGGCCCACAUCUGUAAUCCCAACACUUUGGAACCCUAAGGUGGGCAGAGCACUUGAGCCAAUGAGUUCAAGACCAGCCUGGCCAACAUGAUGAAAUCUCGUCUCUACUGAAAAUAUAAAAAAUAGCCAGUCAUGGUGCAUGCCUGUAACCCCAGCUACUUGGAGGCUGAGGCAAGAGAAUCACUUGAACCUGGGAGGUGGAGGUUGCAAUGAGCCAAGAUUGUACCAUUGCCCUCCAGCCUGGGCGUCAGAGCAAGACUCUCUGAAAAGUACUAGAAGCAUUUUUCAGGACUGCCUGUGUGUCUUGGUGAUUAUGUUAACCAAGUGUGUUCAAAAGAAGUACCCAUGAAAUGCCUCCAGAUAUAAGGGUUUUUUUUUUUUUUUUUUUUUACCCAUAAAGCUAAACUGCAAAUAUUACCCUAGAAUUAACCUCUUGUCCUGUGUCAAAAAGUCUUGUUUUGCAUCUGGAUUGUUAAACUGUCAGCUUCUCUCUGACAGUCUCGAACUGUCAAGACAGUCUCAGUUCACAGCCAAGGUGAUCUGUUAACCCUCCCCAUUUCCAGGGCCAAAUCUCCGUUCUUAAGCACGUCGUUUCUUAGCACGGCUUUAUUUUCAUGCUCUUUAGUUCUCUAUUUUGUGCAGCCUUACCCCUUUAAAGUCCACUGUGAGUCCUACCCUGCAGGGCCUCUUAACACAGUAGAGUUCAUGUGCUACUGAUUUCAAACACGUGUGCAGGAUUUGUGGGGUUAAAGAUAGCCACUUGGUGGCACACCACGUUGGAAGUGCUGUUCACCCGGUCAUUUGAAACGGUGUUUGACCACUUGGUGCGCAAAUGGCCUAUCGGAUUAAAGGAUAGCCAAACCCAAGAUUUCUUCAGGUUCUUUACAGCUCCAUGGAUCUAAUUUCAAAAUCCUGAUCAUUACUCAUGAAUCAAGGUGUUUUGACACAGGCUGUACCCCUUCCUGCAGCUCGUCCCCCGCGGAGUGGCCAGGCUACGGCGGGCGCCGGAAGGGGGCGCACUCCUCGCCUUUCCCCAAUGUGUCGGGCAGCCCCGCCUCCCCGCUCGGUUUCCGGGAGUCGGCGGCGAUGGCGUCAUCACCGAGUGCCGGGCCGACAGCAGCGCGGAGGUUGGCUAUGUGACCAGGCAACAUGCUGAGCCGGCUUCAGGAACUGCGCAAGGAGGAGGAGACGCUGCUGCGGUUGAAGGCAGCCCUGCACGACCAGCUGAACCGCCUCAAGGUUGAAGAAUUAGCCCUCCAAUCAAUGAUCAGUUCUAGAAGAGGGGAUGAGAUGCUGUCUUCUCACACUGUACCUGAACAGUCACAUGAUAUGUUGGUGCAUGUAGACAAUGAAGCAUCAAUCAACCAAACAACCCUGGAGCUGAGCACAAAGAGUCAUGUGACGGAAGAGGAGGAGGAGGAAGAGGAAGAAGAAUCAGAUUCCUAAAGGAGGGGGAAAGCCAGGCUGGUGAAAUGCACAUCUGAACAGAGACAGGCAUGGGAAGGAGGCCCAAAAGCGACAUGGCAAACCACCGGGCAGGGGACUCGCUCUUUGCUGCUUCCCAAACACUUAGACGCCAGCAGCAUGGGUUGGUGUGCUGGGCUGGUUAAGGCCGAUGGUGGAGCAGAGCCAACCUGCAAAAUCCACUUCCUCAGCAUCAGAUCUCUUGAUAAAAGCAUGAACCUGCAUGUAAGGAAACGAGAGAACGUGGUGUUAAAAAGAAACAAAAAACAAAACAAAACCCACCAGGAAGGAAAAUCCAAGAGUUUCAGGUCUAGAGCUUGUGCUGCACUUGGAAAGAGCACCUGGCACCUGCCCCUGAGCAACAGUGGGGCCAGCUGCAGGCCCAAAGACCUGCUCCACCAGUCACAGCAGCUGUGAGGCCUUGGGCAAGUCACCUCUUGGAGCCUACUCUUGCAGUAUGGAGACAGUAACUCUGCCUUAAAUGCCUCACAGGCUUGUUAGAAGGGACAAAGAAAAUGAUGGACUUAGUGCAUAUUAUACUAUAUACACCGUCUAUGGCUGUCCAGAUAUUUACAGUAUUACUUAGCUAUUUCCACUGCCACCAAACGAGACAGCAGGCGGAGAGUGACUCUGGAAGGAGGCUGAAUGUAAGGUGAGGCAGUCAGUAUUAGGGAAAGGCGGCAUCCCCAUGAAGGGGGUGGGCUGGCCUUUUCUUUCCCGUGGCCCCCUCAGGCCUUUCCUCUGGCAUAUGCUUACUCAGGCUGUGGGGGUCACCCCAGCUUUCCCUUAAACUGAUGGGAGAGCAAAGGAGACUGGUGUUUGGUAUUCUGCAGCCCCAGGCUCAGCUGGACCACAGUGGGCAGGGAAUGAAUGGGCUCUGGAAGUACUGCACAGAUGACUGACAGAGAAGAAGAACAAAUGAAUAAACAGGUACUGUAAGAAUCCGGAAUAAAUAGACUCACCAUGAGUUGCUUCAAA